AGAUUUAAUCAUUUAAAUAAGUGAUGCCACGUGGCCUUACCCUAUUUACGAUCAUCGUCCCCACAACUUGAAUGAAGUCGUGCGCUCCCCGUGUCCCUGUCAAACCACCCAACCAUCGUCAAGCGAGCUUGGGACUGAGAGAGAGUGAUAAUGAGCGACGGGCAAACGCCGUCGUCGGGGCUAAACGGGGCAGGGGAUGAGAGGGGCGCUGGAGGGAAGGCCAGGAAGCCGCCGCCGCGGAAGCAGCCGUCUACACCGUACUCUCGGCCGCCGCUGAGCCAAUCCCAAGCGGAAGCCGGAGGCCAACGCCGCUGGCUAUUGAAGCUGGUCGAUCCGGCUUACCGCCUAAUUUCCAGCGGCGCCACACGGUUUAUCCCUUCGUUUUUUUCCAAACCAGCUUCCAGUAAUGCCCUUCCUUCUCUCUCGGAUCAAGACCACCAAGUUGAACAAGAUGGUGGGUGUGAUGAUGGUCAAUGCACAUUAGAUCUUGAAUUAAACAGAUCAAUUGUAGUAGCAGGUCCUAGCGGAGCAGCGGUGAAUAGUGGCUCUGACUUUGAUGGGCACAAACAAGACAAAAAUGCUGACCUUUCUGAUGAUAACAGGAUUAGUAAAAUUGAAAAGCUGUUGAAAGGGAAAAGAUUUUCUAGGGAAGAAGUUAAUCGUUUGAAGGAGAUAUUAUAUUCUAGGGCUGUUGAUCUUAAUCCAAACAUGACUGCAGGAGGAGAACCUGCGGGGCUUGUAGUAGCACAUGAAACUCCAAGAACUUCACUUGAAGAAAAAGAUUCAAAGAGAGCUCUUUGGGUGCCAGAUGAAGUUGGUGCUUCACCAGUUGAAAUUGCUAGAGCAUACAUGGGAAACAGAGCAUCAGAAAUAGGCCUUGGUUCUAAGAAUAUAAAAUCAGAAGAUGAUAUAGCAUUAGUACAUGGUGAUGAAUCUGCUGCAAAACCAUUUAUUCCAGCACCUUCGCCCAAGCCGUCCAUGUGCUGGCCUGGUGCCAUGGCACAGGAUCAACAUGGUUAUUUGACCCCACAAAGUCACAGAAGCAGAUUCGGGCUUGAUAACUUUCCCCGAACACCUUAUUCUAGAACUAUUUUUUCAAAGUCCAAGACCAGGAUCACUCAAUUACGAGGUGAUGGCAGUAGGAGCGUGAACAUUGCAUCAACUCCUUUGCAGCAAUCACAAACUCCUAUAUAUGGACAGGUGAAAACGAGUGAUGCACAGGAUAGUGACUAUGGAUCGGUGGGACCUAUGCGUAGGAUAAGGCAUAAACCUCUUGCAAAAUCUUCUUCAAGAGGAUCUGCAUAUUUUCGUUCUUCUUUCGACGGUCCUUCACAGGUGGAAAAUUCUAAUGUUUCUGAAGGCUUCUUGCCUGCUGUCAAGAAAAAUAUGGCACUUGGAGGAACAAGCGGCACUUCAAACUCCAAGUCAUUAAACAGCAAGCCACAGAGCUCUGAGGUGGGUGUUCCUAUGGUACAUCCACAUACUAAUCAGAUGGCUAGGAAGAUUUUGGAACAUCUUGAUAGAAGUCAGCCCUCUCCUAAAGAUAAGUCUGCUGAGUUGGAGCGAGCCGCCACAUGGAAGAAACCUGAAUCUUCUGAUGCCACCAAUGUAAUGUCAAAUGAGCAUAAUAGCUUACCAAAUUCUUAUAAGAAUAGAGAUCAGAUUGAACUGAAGAAUUAUGCUCUAAGGAUUGAAGAGAGGCGGAGCUCUCGUUUUAAGGUUCCACCUCAGGAGAGCACUUCUGAAGCUUCUACUGAUGCCCUAAAUAAAGGAGGUUUGGCUUCUUCGGUGACUAAGCCAGUUUUGCCUUCUAUAUCUAUUAGCAAGCCUGAGUCAAGAUGGCCGUUUGCUUCAGAUACGAGCUCUGGGUUUUCGUUCCCGGUUUCUUCCUCCGGAGUGGAGCCACCAACACCAACCAUCAUGCCAUCAUUCUCAGCUGCUGGCGGCGUGCAGCAGCAGCAGCAGCAGCCAAAAGAGGGACCUGCAGCUCCUUCAUAUAAUUUUGGCUCAAAGAGGUCUACUCCUGCCCUUGUUUUCUCCUUCCCUUCUUCAAGCAGUGCUAACAUUCACGAAGAUUCUUUGGGUAUUAAGUACAGCUUUGGAUCAGAUGAGAAUACGAGGUUAUCUUUCAGUUCGUUUGAAAAAGAUGCUGUCUGCUAUUAAUCUAAAACGGUGACGUUUUAGGAUCUUUGUUUUUUCUCCGUCUACUGAUUGUGCUCUAGUCAUUGUUCUCUUUAGUGGGAAUGGGUGAAAAAGGUGUUUGAAGCAGAAAAUUGUUCAUUUCAUCCAUUAAUACAUUGUUUCUUGGUACCCAUGAGACCGCCUUAUGGUUCAUUAAUGAGUUUAUAGUCGAUAAUAUAAUUUAAAAUAGGUGCAUCUAAUGUUGUA